AUGCAUUUCUCGGCCCUUGUUCUCCUCCCUCUGUUGGUCGCGGCCGACCAAAUCCCUUUUCAAGACAAAGCCGCGGCAUGGUUUGAAAAAGCCAAGGCCUACAUCCCCAGCGGGACUGCACCCGAUCCUAUCGACGCCGGCGCAGCGAAGGUCGCAGAAAAAGUGGUAGAGAGAAUCAACGUCCGGAACUGGCAACGCAAGCUGUCGCCCAAGCCUGACGUUGAGGAGGAAUGGAUGAUCUACUUCACCGGCGGUAACAAGACAUGCUUCGGACGAUGUGGCACAGCGGAUCUGAAAUGGAAUGAAUCCGUCCCUCUGCUAGCAGCACUGGCUCAAAAGCCAGGAUCGCCUCCCCUUCAUCUCGGCAGUGUCGACUGCGAGAAGGAGCACGUCCUUUGCACAGGAUGGGCGGCCAACAUUCCGUCCAUCUAUCACUUCAGCGUGCCUAAGCAGUCGGAGCCGCAGGAAAAGGUUCCCGUGCACAUUGUGCCCUUGAACAUGACCAGCGCGACUGUGGAAGACAUUGUUUCUAUCCCCACAGCGUCCAAGGCCCGCUAUCUCGAAUUCCCCGAGUACACUGGACUGCUGCAUCCGUUUGAUGGGUGGGUGGCCAAACUCGGCCUCCUGCAGCCCUUUGGCUACGUUAUGUGGGGAUUCGGCAGCAUGCCGAGCUGGCUGAUGAUGAUUAUCAUCAGUUUUGUCUCUCGACAAUUCAUGAGCAGGAGGAUGCCGGGCGCCCAGGGCGGCUUCGGUGCUACUGGUCCGGCUCCACCUCAGGCUCAGGCAGGGCAGACUCCAAACAGACCUGCUCAGGCCGCAGCGCCAGCGCCCAAGUCUGGUGGAGGGAGAAAGAGGAAGUGA